UCUUUACUCAUGCUUGCCACACAACAAGUGCUGACAACGGAUAAACACACGCACAUACACCACAACGGCCAAAGUACAUUUGAGCCUAGACCAGACAAAGCCUUUCGCUGUCUUUCUUUUCUCUUUUCAUAUUCGCAGACGCAGAAGAUUACUGAGAGGAGAUUUCAUUUUCAGCUAAACAGAAGGAUCUCCUCAUAUGAGGGAACACUACUGUGAUGGCGGAGGGAUCUGAAUUUGACCUGAACUACAUUACGGAGCGCAUCAUUGGCGUCACAUUCCACCAGUCCUGCACAGAGCAGAUGUACCAGCACAACCUGCACAGAAUCGCGCAGAUGCUGCAGUCCAAACAUACUGAUCAAUACAUGGUCAUCAACUUAGCCGAACACAACGAUGAUCUCAGCAGGAUGAAUCACAGGGUGGUGGAUUUGGGCUGGCCGGAGAGUCACGCUCCAUCACUCCAUCUGCUGUGCUCGCUGUGUAAAAACAUGAACAACUGGCUGAGCGCACACCCUGAAAAUGUGCUGCUGCUGCACUGCAAAGGCAGCAAAGACAGGGUGGGUGUGGUAAUAUCCUCUUACAUCCAACUAUCUAAUGUUUCCUCCAGUGAGGAACAUGCAUUAGAUCUGUACUCCAUGAAGAAGUUCUGCAGUGAUAAAAUGGUUAACCUCAUGACUCCAUCUCAGAAAAGGUAUGUGCAGGUGUUUGGCAGGCUGCUUACCCACCAGAUCCACAUAAACCCUUCUCUGCUCUCCAUCCACCGCGUUAAUAUCCAUCCCAUUCCUGACUUCCACCCUACAGUGUGUCAGCUGUUUAUCAGAGUGUAUCAAGGCACGCAGACAGUGUACACAUCAGGAGUGCAUCAGGUUGCCGUAGGUCAGACGGACAGUGUGUGUUUUGUUCUGGAGCCCCCACAGAUGAUCAAAGGUGAUGUCAUGAUUGCGUGUUAUCAUAAAAAUGUUCCUGUGAGGACUCAUGAGACAGUGUUUCGUGUGCAGUUUCACACCGGCGCUCUGUCUGGAGACCAACUUUCCUUGCAGAAAGAAGACCUUGAUCAUGCCAACAAAGAUCCAAGAUUCCCUGAGGACGGUGUGGUGGAGGUGAUCUUUUCAGAAAUUGCGGAGAGAGAUCCAUCCCUUGCUUUAGACUGUGGCUCCAGGAGGAACAGUUCAGCCGUUGUCAUUGAAAAAGACUCUCUGGAUUCACUACAGGAUCAAUGGGACUUCAGUGAAAAUUUUACAGCAGCAGCCAAGCCAAAUGAAGGCACCCAUUCUCUGAGCAGUGACUCUGGACUCUCCAGCUCCUCCCAGUGGACUGGAGGACAAGCCUCUGGCCUCGCAAUCAGCUACAGCUCUGAGGAGCAUACCCAGCUCCACAGAGUUACUCCUGGACUCAGAAUGGAGGAGGAACAACCUUCUCUAGACAUCCCGAGACAUGACCCUAUAGCCGGUCAAGCUGCAUUUGAUCAUUCCAGACAUUUAAACGGUGAAGCUCUGUUCGUAGAGCGGGAGACGGACAUUAUAGAUGAUGACGACGACAUCACCACCCCUAAUGCUGCUGUUUCAGACUCUAAAGACACACUGUCUUCAAAGGAAUUAUCUGGUUUGUCUUCAGGUGAAUGUCAGAACUCCAUCCAAUCGGAUGAUUGUCAAAGUGGUAAUGUGAGUUCCUCAAACACACUCAUACACUCUUCAGUACCUGCUGGAUAUCAGACACAUAUAUGGGUGAAACAGCAGCAGUCGGUGUCGCAGUCCACCUCUUACACACACACUCCAUCAGACAGAUACAAGGAGGAGAUGGAGCUCCACAGAGGUGCAAGCAAACCUUCAUUACCAGACAAUGGCUUUCCAGAGGCGCAGUCAGAGCCAGACAAGGACGAUGAGUUUGCAACGCUGGCUUUGGAUAUAGAUCAAUCAAUCGAACAGCUCAAUCAGCUGAUCCUGGACCUCGACCCUGACUUUGAGCCAAUCCCUACACAAGCAAGGAAUCACAUGACCCGUUCAGCCUCCCCUCACACCAAUGGAAAGACGCACUCAGAUGGAAGGGCUAAAUCCCACCAAUCAGGUUGGAGACAGAAACAGCUCAGUGAUGUCUCUGAAUACUCUGUGCUGCGGAGUACGGCUGGUGAUCGAACCCAGAAUAUUCAGAGAUUCGGCUUUGACACACAAUCUCUGAGAGGUCUACAUCACACUGACACUGUUGACUUUGGUGACCUCCCUCCAGAGAUUGACAGCUCAUUGUGGGUGAGCCUCAAUCAAGUUCCGCCCACACCGGCAUUUCCUGUGACACCCCCAACUCCAUAUGUAAAGAGUGCACAUGACUUCACCCAUUCAAGACCUGGUUCUCAAACCAGUAGACACUACAUGAGCUCUCCAAUAUGUCAAGAGUCACGAGGAUACGUGGACAGCAUGACGCACACAUCUAUGUCAUCCGACGGAGAGCUCUUCCACUCUGAUGUCACAGGAAGUCCCGCCUCCUGUCAGAGGAUGUUUGGAUCCAUGCACUCCACCCCCAGCCCAUUGGUCAACACAGACAGCCCCACUCCAGCUCAUUCCUGGUUAGAGGGUGGAUCCAGCACCCCCUUGAGUCACUACACCCCCCAGCCCUCCCCGCCCCUCACCCUCUCGGCACCCAACUCCCACAGCUCCCCUCGAGGAGCUCCUCGCAGCCUGACCUCCUCUCUGGAGAGCAGUCUGCUGGAGGCGGUGGAGGGUCUUGAGGCUCUGGGUCUGGAUGUGGCUCAACCUCCCCUACUGCCGCUGAAGAGACGAGGGACGGAGGGCUCAGAGACAAUGUUGAGUUUCCCGCUCAGCAGGAGUGCUACCAGCACGUCCUAUGCUAGUCACAACACCUCACCUACAAGAUCUACACCGAGUCCAGAUUUCAUGGCCAGUAAACUGGAAAACGUGAAGUUUGUUCAGGAUACGUCAAAGUACUGGUACAAGCCGGAUAUCUCGAGAGAGCAAGCAAUUGGCAUUCUCAAGGAUAAAGAGCCAGGCUCCUUCAUCAUCAGAGACAGUCACUCAUUCAGAGGAGCUUACGGAUUGGCCAUGAAGGUGGCCACGCCCCCACCCUCCGUUCUACAGCAAAGCAGGAAAAUGGGUGAUCUGACCAAUGAGCUUGUGCGGCAUUUCCUGAUCGAGUGUACACCAAAAGGAGUGCGGUUAAAAGGCUGUCCCAACGAACCCUACUUUGGAAGUCUCACAGCUUUGGUGUGUCAACAUUCCAUCACACCCUUGGCUUUACCCUGCAGACUUAUCAUCCCAAGCAGAGACCCUCUAGAAGAGUUAAAUGAAUCUCCAGCACAAACAUCUACAAACUCUGCAGCAGAGCUUCUUAAACAGGGAGCAGCGUGUAACGUGUGGUUCCUGGGCAGCGUGGAGCUGGAGUCUCUGACAGGAGUUCAGGGUGUUCAGAAGGCCACCACUGUGAUUUUCAGUAUGGAUCCACCAAUCACAUCCACUGUCGUUCACUUUAAAGUGUCUGCACAGGGAAUCACCCUCACAGACAACCAGAGGAAAUUGUUCUUCAGGAGACACUAUGCUGUCAACACAGUGAUAUUCUGUGCCCUGGAUCCUCAGGACAGGAAAUGGACACGAGAUGGCUGCACAUCUGCAAAGAUCUUUGGCUUUAUUGCGAGGAAAAGCGGAAACAGCACAGAGAAUGUGUGUCACCUGUUUGCCGAACACGACCCCGAGCAGCCCGCCAGCGCCAUCGUCAACUUUGUCUCCAAGGUGAUGAUAGGCUCUCAGAAGACCAAAUAGAAAAAACACACGCAGAGAUUCUUGCGGAUGGGAACCGACUCCACAUCCUCAACUUUAAAUGUAGAAGACCAAAACAUAUUUACACUUUCGCUGCAGUUGUGAUCGGUUUCGCUUGAAACAAUGAAGUUGUGUUGAGACAAUGAAACAUCAGUAUUGUAAUGGAUGAAACUUCUCCCUGUUAUUUGGACAAAAUGGGGUAUCGCUAAACUUCAUGGGGACCAGGAACAAAUUUAUACAUUUAUAGGUGGACCUUAAUGGACAAGUCCCGGGACAACGUUCCUGAUGACAGCUCUGAGGAUAAUUUUCCCAGGACGUCUUUGAAAUCCAUGCAGUACUGUUGCAUCACAGGACACCAGUACAUCCAGUAGGGGGCGCCACACUUCUUUGGCUCACUCUCGCACUGCCAUAAACAGAGUCUGAUCAAAGCAAAGUUGAAGGCCUAAGGGGAAAAAUGACUAACAGUUAUUUUAUUUUAGCUGCCUAGAAGACUUUUUUUGCAGUUUUGUUUGCAGUAUUUCAGAGGUUCCUGGUUUCGUUUUGUAAAUAAUAAUGAUUAAUUUGUGUCUGGGCACAUCCACAAGAUGCAGACCAAAGAGCAUUUUGCAUAUCAAUUUACAGAACUUUUCGAUUUUAUAAAUAUAUAUAUAUAUAUAUGUGUGUAUACAUUAUCAAAUACCACUUUUAAUGUUUUUAUAGCUUAAAAUAUUCAGUGCAUUGUUGUUUAUCUGUGUAUUUGUUCAUAAGUGCGGAGCUAACAUUUUCAGUCAAUGAUAAGUGGUUUCCUUAAAAAGCAUGUUGGCUUAACUUUGUUUAUAUAUUUGGAAAUAUUUAUCAUAUAACUCAUAUUCUGUGUAUACUCAUCUCUUACUCAUCUAUGCGGCAUGAGUGUUAAAACGUCUUAUUUGAUAAAUCACCUCAUUUGAGGUAAGCAACAUGACAUUACUCAUGUAAACUCAGUACUUCUGACAUUAUUUUUCACUGAACAAGUGUGUAAAUGCUUGAUCAAAGAGGAUUCUGGGUUAAAAGUUUCACUUGGAAUAAAUCUGAAUCAGACAUAAAUGUGCAUGUGCCAUUACUUUCCUUACUUUAAGCUGCAAGGACCGUGUUUUCAUUACUGUUCUGUACUUUUCUUCUUCUGUCUAACUCUUUGGUUUAUUUGUAAACUGUUUUAUGGACUGUAUACAUGCACAGAAUACAAUAAAGAUAUUGUAUGGUACUAAAUUGA